AUGUCAACCACUACCACAAUCACAGAGGCUUCCUUUGACGCCCAAGUUACAGUGCAAACUGGGCUUAAUUAUAGCAAGCGGCAAACCGAAGCACAAUCUCGUGCUCGAAUACCCCAAUUCGAAGAUAAAGCAGAAGAACGGAAAUGGCAACUCGAGCAAAUGGCAGCAGCAUUCCGCAUCUUUGCGAAACUUGGCUUCGCAGAUGGCGGCAGCGGACAUAUUAGCGUGAGAGACCCAGUCGUAACGAACACCUUCUGGAUCAAUCCAUAUGCCGUACACUUCGGCCUUCUCAAAGUAUCCGACAUGGUCCAUGUCAAUGAAGAAGGAGUCCGUAUUGGCGGAGCAGAUCUACCAGUGAACGCUGCUGGUUUCAUCAUACAUGCUGCCAUACAUAAAGCACGACCGGACAUCAAUGCUGCUUGUCACGUACACAGUCCGUAUGGAAGAGCCUGGAGUAACUUUGGACAACCGAUUGACAUGCUUAACCAAGGAUCGGCGGGAGCAUCUUCUGGACUGCAGAAGACAAUCGUUGGAGACGAGGAAGCCGCGUACACGAAGACGGGUACUGGCAACCCGGAGGUGAUGUAUAUGCAGUUCGUGCCCGAGUAUCAGAUGAUGCUCAAGGAAAGUGGUGGCAACUUCCUCGAGUGA